AGUAGGUCUAACAAUUCGGUCGACAUAUUGAGAGAAAAGUACGAAAAAAUUAAAAUAAUUGUGCAUUUCGUGUAAAAUUUUUAAACAAAAUCGCGCUGUAAAUCAUUUCGCUGUGCUAAAUUAGAAGUUUAUCUCUACAUAGUUAUUAUAUAAAUCAUUUUGUCUGUUUUUCGAGCGCAUAGCUGCCCCGUCUGAAUCAAAAGAAAAGAAGCCACAAAGAUGUCGGACAAUUCAGCUGUCUCUGGCGUACUGAACGCUGUUCUGUGCGGCGUUACUGGGUAUGGGUGCUACGCGAUGCAGCCGCAGGAACAUCCAUUUGCGUUCUCUGCCUGCUUGAUUGGCUUUUGCCAUGGUCUGCUAGGGCUGAUCGACAUUUUCGUUGGAAAUGAGAAUACACACAAAGCCAAGAAGACGACUAAUGCCAUUAUGGAGAUUGUUCCCUUGCCUCUCGUCAAUAUGGAGCUAUUCUUUGGCGGCGAAAGUAACAACAUUGCAUUGGGACACGGGUUGUUCAUUGUGCCUAUGGCCAUAUCUGUACUGGUCGGCCUAAUCAAGGGCGAGGGCGAGGAGGUGGACGGAGCGAUUGAUACAUUGAAGCUAUUGACUAUGCUGGGCAACAUAACCUCUCUCUGCUAUCUGGCCAUCAACGAGGGCUCCACCAUCAUGGGCGGCAUGGCCGUGCUUGCCUUCCUUACCAAGAUUGGAUCCGAGUAUCUGGAGACGCAUCUUGAAGGCUCCGGCGAUCCAGUCAAAUACCUCAGCUGGUCUGGAUUCUACUUGCUGGCCACCUUCGCCGUUGGCGGCGAGAAGUGAGUCGCUUACCCAAAGUUAUGAAUGAACCAUACCCAAAAAU